AGAUGUGAGAGAUGGCAGCGACAGGGAGAAAGCAGCAGAUGGUUGCCGUGCCCUGCAACUGACUCUCUCUAGCUACUGUCCAUUUCUUUUUCUUUUUCUUUUUUAAUUUUUUUUCUAUAUCUCUCUCUCUCUCUCUUUUGGAAGCAGGGGCUGACGAUUGGGGGAAAAAAGAAUUAGCAAAGAAGAAGGAGACUCGUAAUUAUUUCGAUCCCUUUCUUUCUCCAUCCUUUCGCCUCCGCUCGUCUCAGAUUUCCUCCGACUUUCUUCCCUCUUUUUCGUGUCGAUUGGGUACCCCCACUCCUUUGAUCUCAGGUGCCCAGCCCAGCCCAUUAAUAAGGUCAGUUUUCACGUGCUUCUCUCCGUCGGAAGUCUAAAUUGGGUUAAAUUUUUUUUGGUCUUCUUUUCCCCCUGGCCCAUGUGGUACAAUUAUGUUACUACUCCUCCUCCUCAUCCUCGGGUUCCUGCGGAUUUUGAUUAGAUUGCGUGCGUGAUUGAAUCCUAUAGAGAGAGAGAGAGAGAGAGAGGUUCGUGUGGUUUUGAGGUUUUGCGUGCUGAGUUGGAAAAGAAAAAGAAAAAGAAAAAGAAAGCGGGGAGGGAGAUGAGAAUGACGAUGAGCGGUGAUCUGAACCUGAACCAGUUUGGUGAUUCGUUGAAGGAGGGGGUGAAGCAAACUAUGCUUCGGCAAGAGAUUACAUUUAAGUACCAGGUCCGGGAGCUCCACCGCCUGUACUGGACCCAGAAGAAUCUGAUGCGAGAACUUUAUCGAAGAGAGGUAGAAGAAGCGAAAGAGUUUAGGAAAGGAGCGCCUCCUCAAUCUUGGGUGGUGAGUCCGGCAUAUGAAGGCAAUGUUGUCGUUACUUUAGGAGAGGUAAAGGGAAAUUUCGUCGGUAUGAGUGACUAUAGGCGCACAGGUUUUAAUCUAGAGCUUCCAGCCGACGUUUACGUUGCGAAUUCUGCUAAAAAUCCCAAUACUAUGCCUAUGGAGCUCAUUAGACCAGGAUGUAGUACUAAAGUGGCAAUUGAGGAGAAGGGAGGCGGUGUGAUACCCCUGCUUGAUAAAGGGAAGAACUUGCAUUGCUGUGAGGUUAUUGAUUUAGAAGAUACUGUGGAGAAGGAAUCUCGCGUUGAACCUCGUGGAAUUUCCUUCAAUAGCUUCAGAUUUCCUGCCAAAGCCCGUGGAGUGACGAGUAGUUCUCAGUCGGAUAUUGCUUCUGAUAGGGCUUCAUCUGGCAGAGUUCAGAAUGAAUCCAGUUUCGUGCCCUGUUCCUCAAAUAAGGAAUCUGGGUUUGUUCCUGAUCUGAAUCUUUUGCACGAGGCUGAUUCUUCGGGUGCUGAUGGCAAUGAAUCUUGUGUUGCUGGUCUUGUUGAGGUGUCACGGCAACCUCAGUUGUCCAAACCAAUGCUUAUUGACCUUAACAUACUUCAAGAUAAUGAAACUUCUCGUGCUAUAAAUGAUACAAUGCUCACCUUUUCCGCUCAAUCCUCAAGCUCAUCAGUUGUUCAAAACGAACUUCUUUGGGACAACAAUCGCCUCAAACAAAACUCUGUUUGUCUGAAUUCCGAAGCUCCUGAUUCUGCCUCCAGAGGAAAGAGCGGCGACUGGUCAUUUCCUGGCUGUCAUGAUUCACAGAGGUCCAAGGUUUCAAAUUCUGACAUGCAACAAGAUAGUGAAGAGGGCAAUAAAGUUGGGGGAUCCAACUCCACAAAGCUAACAGAAUGUUGUAGGAAAUCCAUGGAAGGCAUCUCCAGUGUUUCUAAUGGAGAAUUAGCAAAUAGUGCGGAAGAAAUCACCCUCUCAUCUGGAGACCUCAAUAUCCCAGUAGAGGAGAAUGAAGAUCUUGCAUCCGGCAUGUUGCAUUCCAUUACUCGUGAUGACAGAAGGCAGGAUUCGAUUGUCAAGGCCGACAACGUUGUAGAAGACAAGCAAGCAAAUAACAGGAGAAGUGAAGAUGACAUGGUCAUGGAUGGAGAACUCGUGGGAAGCAAACCUGAUAUCCUUACUGGAAGCAGUGAAUGCGUCUCCAUGGGUAAAAUUAUAGAUGAAAAUUCUGGAACGACACGGUUACAAAACAUGAGUGUUGAAAGUUCAGUAGAAAAAUCAUGCAGUGUUGAACAAGAACAGGAUCAAGAUUGUCCAGUCAUCGGUGCUGCUGAGAUACUCACUGGUAUUUCUCUAGCCCCACCAUCAUCCAUGCUAAAGCAGAUCAAUAGCACUAGAUUGGCGGACACUUUGACCAAUAAGGAUGAGAAAGAGCAGCCUCAGUACUCAUCUGAUUCUUUCGAGACCCUGACCCUACAGCUGCCUGAGGUCGCAAGUGACGAGCACUUGAUGCCAACAAGACGGCCUGAGGGGGACAACUCAGGAGAGGGGUCAAGCGGGGUUAACAAGCUGAGGAGGGGGAGGGGGAGAGUGGUAAGGGAUUUCCAGAAGGACAUACUGCCUGGGAUGGUGACCCUCUCGAGGCAUGAAAUCUGUGAAGACAUGCACAACAUUGGUUAUGAGCUUAGAAAGAACGGGUCCAGGAGAGCCAACGGCGGGAAUAAUUGGUUGGUGCCCGUUAGGAGUAGGAGGUCAAGGCGUCAUCCUGCUGGCCGCAAGAACUGAGAGUUGCAGAUAGAUUCAGAGUAGAAGCUGAGUGCUUUUGUGUAUAAGGUGGUUAAUUUAUGACAGAGAGAGGGAGGGAGAGAACAUUAACAAAUGAGUUUCCUAUAGUUCUGUGGAUAUACAUAUAUAUGUUAGUGAGCCUCCCAUGUUUAGGUUA